AUGCAAAAAUUUAUCGAGGUUGUAGAAAGAUACGGAUUGACUCCAUCAACACCUGUAGCACUAGCAGUAUCUGGUGGUGUUGAUAGUAUUUCUCUUUGUGUAUUGGCUAGACAAUACUUUCAGAAAUUAUUUGCAAUCACUGUUGAUCACCGCUUACGUGCAGAAAGUUCACAAGAAGCUCAAAAUGUCAAUGAAAUAUUGGAUAAACUAAACAUUCCGCACAAGAUAGUGUCAUGUAAUUGGAAUCAAGAAGUAAAUUUUCGUAAAGUACAAGAAUUAGCUAGGCUAAAGCGUUAUAGGCUGUUAGGGGAAGAAUGUCAAAACCAAAAUAUUCAAUAUUUACUAACUGGUCAUCACUUAAAUGAUCAAAUAGAGACAUUUAUCUUUCGGUUAUCUUGCAAAAGUGGCAUAGACGGAUUAUCAUGCAUGAAACUUUCUCAAAAUUUGCGAUUACAUUUUCCACCUAUAACGCUUAUUAGGCCUCUAUUAUCCUUUCAAAAGACACAACUACAAGAAGUAUGUCAUCAAAACAAGGUCAUUUGGAUCGAGGAUCCGUCCAAUAUGUCAUUGAUGUAUAAACGAAAUCAGAUUAGACAAGGACUAGCAGCAUUACAAAAUAGCUCCAAGAAUAUUUCUUUAACAACUCUGGUCGCAAGCUCAAUUGAAAGUUUCAAAGAAACUGGUUCUAUUCUCAAUAGGAGGGUUAUAAAUCAUAUUCAAGGCAGUUGCGAGAUAAAUCACGACUGGAUAUUUGCCACAGCCCAUCUGAAUAACCUUCUAAAUGAAGAAAAUUAUAUAGUCAGACGUUCUUUGUCAAGACUUUGCCAAUAUAUUGGAGGCCAAACGUAUCCACCGCUGCUGGAGUCGGUGAUAAAAUUACAUAUGGAACUAAAGAGAAUUCUUACUAUGGACAUUGCUAAUGACAAUAAAGAGUGUUAUGUCAAGAGUAUAGCUGGCUGCGUGGUGUUUUGUAUUAAUGAUACAAAAAGGAAAUACUUUACAAAAUCUAAAAAUGCAUCUACAAUUGUUAUUAUCAUCAGUAGACAACCUCAGAAAAUCUCUAUGAUUCCAAUAUUUGAUGGCGUCAAUCUCUGGUGGGAUAACCGAUUUCUCAUAAAUUAUCAAUAUAAAGAUAACAGAUCGUCUGAUCCUCAAGAUUUGUUUGUAAGACACAUGCAAUUUUCAGAUUUUUCCUUGAUUAAGAAAUCCCCAAAUCGUUCGUCCAUUUCGAAUAUUCAUUUUAGAUGUAGACUUGGACUACCAGUCAUUAUAACUGUAAAUAAUCAAGUCGUCUCAAUUCCACACUUUAAGUAUAAAGAUACUGCAUAUUUUCGAUCGCGAGAUACCGAAUUUUAUUUUCAAUCUUAUUUAAAGCAUGAGUUAUUAUAA